CGCGAGAGGGCAGCGCGCCGGCCGCCGCCGCCCUGGCGCCGAGGGUCGAGCCCUCCCUUCGCCCAGAGGUGCCCAAGAGUCAUGCCAGCGAGCCCCGGGCCCCUCCUGAUGUCCCGUGAGGCGUCAGCCACCCUGCCGCACUCGAGAGGCCCGCAGGCCCCACCCCAGAGCCCUCGAAACAGAGCUGCGUCCUCCCAGCCAGUCGUGCCGUAGUCCUGGAGGGAGACCGCGGCCGGGAGCCUCUGCCAGGACCCAGGCGCCUCCUCACCUGAAGGACUGUGAGCCGCGAAGGGCCCCUCAAAGGUCCCCCCGCGACCUGGCCGUGCGGACGGGAACCGGGAGUGCUCUGAGGUGUCCCCAUCUCCACCGCCCACGUGCCCACCCUGGGUCUGAGCAGCCUGGUCCGCCCCCAGCCUUCAUGCCAGCAGCUUCCGGAAGGCGGUGCUGCCGUGUCCUGGGCGUUGUGGGGUCUUCCUGAGCUAACUGACACCACCUCCUUCUGUAGCAGGUGCACCCAGCCUUCCGGUGGGCGCGGACAUGGCGGCGCUCAGGCAGCUGGCGCUCCUGCUCUGGAAGAACUACACGGUGCAGAAGCGCAGAGUGCUGGUCACCGUCCUGGAGCUCUUCCUGCCCCUGCUGUUCUCUGGGAUCCUGAUCUGGCUCCGCUUGAAGAUCCAGUCGGAAAACGUGCCCAACGCCACCAUCUACCCCGGCCAGUCCAUCCGGGAGCUGCCCCUGUUCUUCAGCUUCCCCCCUCCCGGCGAUGCCUGGGAGCUGGCCUACAUCCCAUCCCACAGCGACGCCGUGAAGACCAUCACAGAGACGGCGCGGAGGACGUUGGUCAUCAACAUGAGAGCUCGGGGCUUCCGCUCGGAGAAGGACUUUGAGGACUACGUCAGGUACGACAACCGUUCCUCCAACGUGCUGGCCGCCAUAGUGUUCGAGCACACCUUCAACCACAGCAGGGAGCCCCUGCCGCUGGCGGUGAGAUACCACUUACGGUUCAGUUACACACGAAGAAAUUACAUGUGGACCCGGACAGGCUCCUUUUUCCUGAAAGAGACCGAAGGAUGGCACACCACUUCCCUUUUCCCACUGUUCCCAAACCCAGGACCAAGGGAACCCGCGUCCCCCGACGGCGGAGAACCUGGGUACAUCCGAGAAGGCUUCCUGGCCGUGCAGCACGCGGUGGACCGGGCCAUCAUGCAGUACCACGCAAACGCCUCCACACACCAGCUGUUUGAGAAGCUCACCGUGAUCGCCAAGAGGUUCCCUUACCCGCCUUUCAUCUCGGACCCGUUCCUCGUCGCCAUGCAAUAUCAGCUCCCCCUGCUGCUUGUGCUGAGUCUCACCUACAGCUCCCUCACCGUCAUCCGGGCCGUCGUGCAGGAGAAGGAGAGGAGGCUGAAGGAGUACAUGCGCAUGAUGGGGCUCAGCAGCUGGCUGCACUGGAGCGCCUGGUUCCUCCUCUUCUUCCUCUUCCUUUUCGUGGCCGUGUCCUUCGUGACCCUGCUCUUCUGCAUCAAGGUGAGGAAGGGCGUGGCGGUGCUCGCUCACAGCGACCCCUCGCUGGUGCUGGUUUUCCUGCUGUGCUUUGCCGCCGCCUCCGUCUCCUUCAGCUUCAUGGUCAGCGCCUUCUUCAGCAGAGCCAACAUGGCAGCAGCCAUAGGGGGCUUCCUGUACUUCUUCACGUACACCCCCUACUUCUUCGUUGCCCCCCGAUACAACUGGAUGACCCUCAGCCAGAAGCUCCUGUCCUGCCUCCUGUCCAAUGUCGCCAUGGCGAUGGGAGCCCAGCUCAUGGGGAAAUUUGAAGCGAAAGGCGUGGGCGUCCAGUGGCGAAAUCUCCUGAGUCCCGUCAACGUGGACGAUGACUUCUCCUUUGGGCAAGUGCUGGGCAUGCUACUGCUGGACUCCGUGCUCUACGGCCUGGUGACCUGGUACGUGGAGGCCGUGUUCCCGGGGCAGUUCGGCGUGCCCCAGCCCUGGUACUUCUUCAUCACGCCCUCGUACUGGUGCGGGCACCCACGGACAGUUUUGGGGAAAGAGGAGGAAGAUGAUGAUCCAGAGAAAGUGCUCAGAACCGAGUACUUUGAGGCUGAGCCAGAGGACCUGGUGGCCGGGAUCAAGAUCAAGCAUGUGACCAAGGUGUUCAGAGUGGGGAACAAGGGCAAAGCAGCCGUCAGAGACCUGAAUCUGAACCUGUACGAGGGGCAGAUCACGGUGCUGCUGGGCCACAACGGCGCGGGGAAGACCACCACCCUCUCCAUGCUCACAGGUCUCUUUCCCCCAACCAGCGGCCGGGCGUAUGUCAACGGGUACGAGAUUUCACAGGACAUGGUUCAGAUCCGCAAGAGCUUGGGCCUGUGCCCGCAGCACGACAUCCUGUUUGACAACCUGACCGUCGCAGAACACCUGUACUUCUACGCACAGCUGAAGGGCCUGUCCCGCCUCAAGUGCCCCGAAGAGGUCCAGCGGAUGCUGCACGCCCUCAGCCUGGAGGACAAGCGGGACUCCCUGAGCAGGUGCCUGAGCGGGGGCCUGAGGCGCAAGCUGUCCAUCGGCAUCGCCCUCAUCGCGGGCUCCAAGGUGCUGAUGCUGGACGAGCCCACCUCGGGCAUGGACGCCGUCUCCAGGAGGGCCAUCUGGGACCUGCUGCAGCAGCACAAGAGCCAGCGCACCGUGCUGCUCACCACGCACUUCAUGGACGAGGCCGACCUGCUGGGGGACCGCGUGGCCAUCAUGGCCAAGGGGGAGCUUCAGUGCUGCGGGUCCUCGCUGUUCCUCAAGCAGAAGUACGGUGCGGGCUACCACAUGACGCUGGUGAAGGAGCCCCACUGUGACCCCGAGGCCAUCUCCCGGCUGGUGCGCCACCACGUCCCCAGCGCCACGCUGGAGAGCAGAGCCGGUGCAGAGCUGUCCUUCAUCCUGCCCAAGGAGAGCACCCACAGGUUCGAAAGUCUGUUUGCCAAACUGGAGAAGCAGCAGAAGGAGCUGGGGAUCGCCAGUUUCGGGGCCUCGGUCACCACCAUGGAGGAGGUCUUCCUCCGUGUGGGCAAACUGGUGGACACCAGCAUGGACAUCCAGGCCAUCCAGCUCCCUGCCCUGCAAUACCAGCACGAGAGGCGGGCGAGCGACUGGGCAGUGGACAGCCACCUGUGCGGGGCCAUGGACCCGACCGACGGCAUUGGCUCCCUGAUCGAGGACGAGUGCACCACCGCCAAGCUCAACACUGGGCUCGCCCUCCACUGCCAGCAGUUCUGGGCCAUGUUCCUGAAGAAGGCCGUGUACAGCUUGCGCGAGUGGAAGAUGGUGGUGGCCCAGGUCCUGGUCCCUCUGACGUGCGUCACCCUGGCCCUCCUGGCCGUCAACUACUCCUCGGAGACCUUUGAUGACCCCAUGCUGGAGCUGACCCUGGGCGCGUACGGCAGAACUGUCGUGCCCUUUGCUGUCCCCGGGGCCUCCCGGCUGGACCAGCAACUGUCGGAGCAGCUGAAGGCCAUGCUGCAGGCCGAGGGCCAGGAGCCGCGGGAGGUGCUGGGUGACCUGGAGGAGUUCCUGGUUUUCAGGGCUUCGGUGGAGGGAGGUGGCUUCAACGAGCGGUGCCUGGUGGCCGUGUCCUUCAGAGACGUCGGCGAGCGGACGGUCGUCACUGCCCUGUUCAACAACCAGGCGUACCACUCCCCAGCCACCGCGCUGGCUGUCGUCGACAACCUUCUGUUCAAGCUGCUGUGCGGCCCCCGGGCCUCCAUCGUGGUCUCCAACUACCCCCAGCCCCGGAGCGCCCUGCAGGCCGCCAAGGACCAGUUCAACGAGAGCCGGAAGGGAUUUGACAUUGCCCUCAACUUGCUCUUCGCCAUGGCGUUCCUGGCCAGCACGUUCUCCAUCCUGGCGGUCAGCGAGAGGGCCGUCCAGGCCAAGCACGUCCAGUUUGUGAGCGGUGUCCACGUGGCUACUUUCUGGCUCUCCGCUCUGCUGUGGGACCUCAUGUCCUUCCUCGUCCCCAGUCUGCUGCUGCUGGUGGUGUUCAAGGCCUUUGACGUGCACGCCUUCACGCACGACGGCCACAUGGCCGACGCCCUCCUGCUGCUCAUGCUCUACGGCUGGGCCAUCAUCCCCCUCAUGUACCUGAUGAACUUCUUCUUCUCGGGAGCGGCCACUGCCUACACGAGGCUGACCAUAUUCAACAUCCUGCGGGCAUAGCCACUUCCUCUGGUCACCAUCAUGCGCCAUCCCAGGUUAGAAGAGCUUUCCAGAACCCUGGACCACGUGUUCCUGGUGCUGCCCAACACUGUCUGGGGGAUGGCCGUCAGCUUCCACGAGAACUUCGAGAUGAGGCGAUACUGCACCUCGUCGGAGGUCGCGGCACACUACUGCCGGAAAUACACGCUCACUCCCUCGCCCGCACAGACAUCCUAGUACCAGCAGAACUUCUACGCGUGGAGCGCCCCGGGUGUCGGCAGGUUCGUGACCUCCAUGGCUGCUUCCGUUGCCUACCUCAGCCUGCUCUUCCUCGUCGAGACGGACACGCUCUGAGGCUGAAGACCUGCCUCCCGUGCCUUCCGGAGGAGGCGGGCGCUUACGGAAGCGUACUCUCGGACAUCGGCACUUCCGGAGGACCAGGAUGUGGUGGACGAGAGGAACCGGGUCCUGGCCCCCAGCCUGGAGUCCCUGCUGGACACUCCUCUGGUUAUCAAGGAGCUCUCCAAGGUAUACGAGCAGCGGACGCCCCUGCUUGCCGUGGACAAGAUCUCCCUCGCGGUCCAGAAAGGAGAGUGCUUCGGCUUGCUGGGUUUCAACGGAGCGGGGAAAACCACUACUUUCAAAAUGCUGACCGGGGAGGAGACCAUCACUUCUGGGGACGCCUUUGUCGGGGGCUACAGCAUCAGCUCGGAAAUCGGGAAGGUACGGCAGCGAAUCGGCUACUGCCCCCAGUUCGACGCUCUGCUGGACCACAUGACGGGCCGAGAGACGCUGGUCAUGUACGCCCGGCUCCGGGGCAUCCCUGAGCGCCACAUAGGCGCCUGCGUGGAGAACACGCUUCGGGGCCUGCUUCUGGAGCCUCAUGCCAACAAGCUGGUCAGGACGUACAGUGGUGGCAACAAGCGAAAGCUGAGCACCGGCGUUGCUCUGCUCGGAGAGCCUUCCGUCAUCUUCCUGGACGAGCCGUCCACCGGCAUGGACCCCGUGGCCCGGCGCCUGCUCUGGGACACCGUGGCACGGGCCCGCGAGUCGGGCAAGGCCAUCGUCAUCACCUCCCAUAGCAUGGAAGAAUGUGAGGCCUUGUGCACCCGGCUGGCCAUCAUGGUGCAGGGCCAGUUCAAGUGCCUGGGCAGCCCACAGCACCUCAAGAGCAAGUUUGGCAGCGGCUACUCCCUGCGGGCCAAGGUCCGGAGCGAAGGGCGGCAGGAGGCCCUGGAGGAGUUCAAGGCGUUUGUGAACCUGACCUUCCCAGGCAGCGUCCUGGAGGACGAGCACCAAGGGAUGGUCCAUUACCACCUGCCCGGGGAGGAACUCAGCUGGGCCAAGGUGUUUGGUGUCCUGGAGAAGGCCAAGGAGAAGUACGCGGUGGACGACUACUCCGUGAGCCAGAUCGCCCUGGAGCAAGUGUUCCUGAGCUUCGCGCACCUGCAGCCGCCCGCCGAGGACGAGGGGCCCUGAGGAGCCGGCAGGGGCGGGGCAGGCGGGCGCCCAGGCAGGCGUCCCCUCCCUCCCGGUUCAUCUUACCCUGCACCUUUAUUUCU